CGUUGAGCUACGCCAUUGUUGAAAAGGGCAGCGCACGAGGCGGACGCCGGGCCUGGACGUUCCACGCUGUUUUACUUUUCACCGACUCCAUUGCUGUGAUAUUAGAUUGUUUUAUAUCUCCCUUGUUAGAAACGAGGAAACGAAGCCAGAACUACCAUGGAGGACGACCAGCAGUUCUGUCUCAGGUGGAACAACCACCAAAGUACGCUCAUACAAAACUUCGACACACUCCUCGAAAGCGGGACGCUGGUUGACUGCACCCUGGCAGCGGAGGGAAAGACUCUCAAGGCCCACAAAGUUGUCCUCUCUGCGUGCAGUCCAUAUUUUGAGUGCCUCCUCAGCGAACAUUAUGACAAGCACCCGGUCUUUAUACUCAAAGAUGUUAAAUUCAAAGAACUUAAAGCAAUGAUGGACUAUAUGUACAGAGGGGAAGUAAACAUUUCCCAAGACCAAUUGGCAGCACUUCUCAAAGCCGCUGAGUCUCUGCAAAUUAAGGGCCUUUCGGAAAGUAAAACUGCUAGCAGUAGUAAGACGGAGUCCAGGCCACAAAAAACCGUCUCACAACCCACAGCACCGUCGUUAGACAUUCCACACGCGUCUUCCGGUCUGACGAUAGAAAAGAACAAAGUUCCUAGGCAGAGUUUGGCGCCAAGUUCCGUGGGCGAUACACCAGAGGAUACGGCUAGUCCUCAGGUGUCGAAAGGGCUCUCCUCGAGGGAAGGUUCGCAAAGUCCAAUAUCCAGAAAAAGAAAAAGGUUUCGAAGAAGAAGUUUAACUGAAGAUAAUACGACAGAGAACCAAGAUGCAUCGAAUUCCAGCGACAUGCCCCAGCAAAUGGGUGUACCGGCGCUUGGUAUCGCGCCUGUGGCAGAUGAAAAAGUACAUGCAGACCCGACAGAUUCUCUCGGCAGGUCAGCUUUAAUGACGCAGUUGACAAAACCGGCCGACGAGAUGUUACAGCUGCCACUUGAAAAGCCCGAGCCAAACGAUAAUCUUAUCGAGCCAAAGUCUGAAUACCUGGACGAUGCUGAAGAGGGCGUCGAAGACCUGACGCUAGACGAAGAAAUGAACGAUUUCAAUGAUACGGAACAGGAUAAUAGUCGAGCUGGACCGUCCCACGACACCGCCCAACACACCGCAGGUCUUGGUUCAUGGCAUGUUACCGGUGACCGAAGUAAUGCGGGGGGUGUCGUGGGCUCUGUGGCUGGAGCCGCCGGAACGACAGAUGAGGUUUUUCUAGCAGCUCAGGAGGCCGCACAGGCUCAUCGCGACUCACAAGACGUGAAGAUGUUCAAGCUGGAGACCAGUCUGGAGAGUAUAUGCUCGGUGGUGCUGGAGGAGUCCCAGAACUUUAACUACGAGGAUGAGAAGCCGCUCAACUCGACGAGAAGGCGCCGGGGUGGACGCAUGCAGGGCGAUAUCGAAAGGCAUACGUGCUCGCGUUGCUCAAAGAGCUAUAUACACGCUUGGCACCUGAAAAGGCACACCAAGUUCGAGUGCGGACAAGAACCGAGAGUCCAGUGCCCUUAUUGUUCCGCCAAAAUGAAACAACGUGGUCACGUUUAUAGGCACAUCCGCCAGUGCCACCGGGGUCAGAACGUCUACGUGAUCGAUCUUAAUUGAGGACUCACGAGGAAAGAUCGAUGAAUCCUAAUAUGGCGAAUCAACAAUAGUGUUUUUUAAUCUCCAAUACUGACGCUGAUUCGUCCUUUUCACUUUUAUCGAACAACAAUUUCGCCCAUUUCGCGUAAUCAUUUCGAAAUAUUGCGACUUUUUUAAUUUUUUUUCUACGAAUUUUGUGUAUAUUGUUAAUCUAUUUUUAAUGUGUCUAUCGAAAAGACAUCUUUGUGAGUUGUUUGAUUCCGAGUAGAUAUCCGUGUGCCUUCCGAUGAGUACAUACCAUAAUAAAGAAGUAUCGAGCAUUGCUCGUAUCUAAGUUCAGGAAUAGGAGGUUUGUAUCUGUCGUAAUAAAAUUAAUACUACAGCACGAUUGCUGAUGUAUCUAGUCAUCAUGAUCAGAAUCUUGAAUAUAAGACAAAAACGAUGAACGAUAUAGAAGAAGGAUAAAAUUUGUCUAUAUUGUCUUUUGUAUCUUAUUUCGUUAACUUGAUAGAUAUAAAUAAAAUAUAAUAUUUUUACUUAAUCGAAAUGAAAUUAUUUUUUAAAUAUUAUUUAUAUUGUCCAGCUAUUAUAAAUUAUAAUUAAAUAAAAUAAUUAUCGUAUCGUUACCACUUGUUCCUUUUUUAAAAAUAUUGAUUGUCAAUCUAGGUGCUUUAUGCUAUUGCUAUUUUUAGAUCAUUAUUAUGUCUAAUGUAUACUCGAUUUGAAAUUCAAUGUAAAUUGCUACAUUUUUUAGCGAAAAUAAGAGUAUUGAUAGAAUUGAUAGAAUUAGCAACUUGAUUGUAGCAAUAGGAUUGUUUAAUAUUUAAUAGUACUAUAUAUAUUAUUAUAUCAUAAUAUUUCGAUAAUUUUGGCAGCUCCGACUUCGUAUGAAACGCAUCUACAAAAGUAAACCAAAGAGAUUGUGCCUAUAUUAUUACGAUGUUAUGAUAUUAUGUGAUGAUCAACGUAAACGAUUUAUAAAAUUUACAAUGAAUCCACAAUUUAAUCACACACAGAAAACUUAAUAGAAAACAAAA